AAGCCAUUCAAGUGGAACACAUCAGGAUUAUCUUUGGACAUAGGCUCUAGACACACUCCAAAACCAAGACCGCAGAAGAAUCACCAGCUGUAGCAGUGUUGUCGUAUCUGAAUUGCUUUGUUUUUUUUAAAUAGUCAAAUUAUUUAUUGUUAAAUGGAGUCACCGUUGUGCUUGAAAAACUCAGCUUUCCUGCAGACGUGUUUAAUUUUACUUUACAGCAUCCUUCAUGAUGUCUGGCUCUUAUGAUGAAUCUUCUGUCACUGACGACGCCAUGGACAGCUUUUGGGAGGUGGGAAAUUAUAAACGUGCCGUGAAGAGAAUUGAUGAUGGCCAUCGACUUUGCAAUGAUCUUAUGAACUGCCUUCAGGAACGUGCCAAGAUUGAAAAGUGCUACAGCCAGCAGCUUACUGAAUGGUCCAAGAGAUGGCGGCAACUGAUUGAAAAAGGGCCUCAGUAUGGUUCUGUAGAGAAAGCCUGGUUAGCUAUGAUGACAGAAGCUGAUAAGGUGAGUGAACUUCAUCAAGAGGUGAAGAAUGGUCUAAUGAACGAGGACAUUGAGAGGGUGAAGAACUGGCAAAAAGACUCAUACCACAGACAGAUGAUCGGAGGAUUCAAGGAAACCAAAGAGGCAGAAGAGGGCUUCAAGAAGGCACAGAAACCCUGGGCUAAAAAACUCAAAGAGAUGGAGACGGCAAAGAAGACCUACCACAUGGCCUGUAAGGAGGAGAAAUUGGCUGCUAGCAGAGAGUCUGAAGCAUCUGUCGCGCCAGACCAGCAGAAAAAACUACAUGAGAAGACAGAGAAAUGCAAACAGGAUGUGCAGAAGGCCAAGGAGAAGUAUGAGAAGUCUCUGGAUGAGUUGUCAAAAUACACACCUCAGUACAUGGAGUGCAUGGAGCAGGUGUUUGACCAGUGUCAACAACAUGAGGUCAGGCGACUGACAUUCCUAAAAGAGGCUCUCCUGGACAUUAAACGACAUCUCAACUUGACGGAAAAUCAAAACUAUGCUUCAGUGUACCGUGAGUUUGAACGCACCAUUCUGGCUGCUAACACACAGGAAGAUCUCAAGUGGUUCAGUAAUUAUCAUGGUCCUGGGAUGCAUAUGAAUUGGCCCCAGUUUGAGGAAUAUAAUCCAGAAGCCACCAAUGCUGUGGCUAAGAAAGAAAAGAAGAAGCCAGAUGGAGUCGCCCCUGCCACUCCAAGCACCGAGCAUGGAGGUCAGCCAGGCGACCGAGGCAGUGUGAGCAGCUAUGAGAAAAACCAGGCUUACUCCACAGAAUGGUCAGAUGAUGAACAGCCUGCCGGAUACUCUGGGAGUGAGACCAAUGGGGGUGCAAACUCAUUUGAGGAUGACUCAGUUAGCAGAGGGGGCAUGCGAGUGCGGGCCCUGUACGACUAUGAGGGGCAAGAACAAGAUGAGCUCAGCUUCAAAACAGGUGAUGAACUAACCAAGAUCGAAGAAGAAGAUGACCAGGGCUGGUGCAGAGGUCGCCUCGACAAUGGCCGAACGGGUUUAUACCCAGCAAAUUAUGUUGAGGAAAUUUAAUUACCUGACUGGUGGUAAACGUACCAAUGGAGGCAGCUCUGAUUGACAGAUGUUAUAUCAUGGCAUAAAUGCCAGAGACUUUAAAUGAACGACUUUGCCUAAAGAUGUGCAAUGCAGUCUUGUUUAAAAUGAAAACAUCUUAGUAACUGAAACCACACUGUACAUAUUGAUCUCAUCCAGGAUAAGAGGAAGAGCUUGCUCUAUACUAAUAUCUAUUUGCAAAUAUUUAUGGUUACAUACAUACAAAGAAAAACAAACAAAUAACGGGCCCGUCAGUUAUGCAAGUAUUAUUGUGCAGCAUAUAUGUUAUUUAAUAUUAUAUUCCAGACCUGAGUAUUGAAUACUCUUAUUAGUGUAAUAUCCAACCGAAAAUGUGGCCAUUAUGUGUAUUCUAGAAGUUCAUAUAACAGUGUCAUUGUGAUAUACAGGUACUUUUCCAGUGUCUUGCAACUCAGUCAUAGUGUUUAAACAAAUGACAAAUUACAUGCAAUGUGCAGUUUAGGUUUCCUCUCUUUCAUCUGUUGCGCUGCUUUUCUAUAGGUCAUGUUCUCUUGAUGUCUGUGUCUUUGAGCAUAGCAGCAUGUGCUAUGGAGCAUGAUUCCUCAGGUCGACCUGUACUGUAUGCAAUCCCAAAAAAGACCACAGAGAGCAGCAGAAUUGUAUUAACUUUUAACCGAAAAGUGGUGAAAUUAGAUGCUCUCAGACUAUGAUUCAAACAGAAGGUGAAUAUUUUGGCAGUCUGAUCAAGACUGAGAUUAAACUUAAACAAGGUUGUUCAUCACACUGGAAGGUCAAUGAACGUUCAGGCGCAUUGCAUUGUGGGAUAACAUAUCCAUGCUUUAUGCUGUGUAGUACACUUCACAUUUGGCUGAUGCAGUACAACAUUCUGAAAUAUUCCACGCAUACAGAAAAUUAAAAUACUGUGUGCAGAAUACAUACUACAUACUGCAAAGAUAAGAGUUUACGUUAGUAUGAUGUUCCAAAUAGUCACAGUUGUUUCUUGUCCCUAUUGUUCCACUUGAAUUAGUUGAUUGUCCUGUAGUGUCCAUCUCAUGUUUGUCAAAACCGUGCUGUUAUGGUUACUCCAUGAGUUAACUGAGUAAAUAAUAUGCAGAUAUUGUGUCUUAUACAGCCUUUAAUGAAUGAAAGGUCUUUUAAAAACUAAGGGCCAGAUUUACUAACAUCUUGCGCCAGCACAAACCCUCAUUUGUCAUUAAAUAAUGACUGUUGGGACCUUAUUGCAUAUGCAUGAGUUCCCUUUUCAGAUGCGAAAUUUAUGGGAGGAGACAAUUUAAAUGAUUCAUGCAACACGAUUUACUAAUGUUUGCACGUGUGUUAUGAUUGGUAUUUGUGGCAUUAUUUAACGUAGAAAAAAACCUUAACUAAAGUAAACCUUUUUACUGUCCUAAGGCAUCGUUAGCUGUGAUGUCCGUAGUGCUGAACUGAAGCGCAUCAUGCGUUAACUCAUCAGCCCUGCUUAUUUGUGACCCUGAACUAAUUUGCGCUGCUCUUAGUAGAUUGCAUUAUGGAAAUCAGCUGUUGUUUAGUAAAUCUGGCCCUAUAUAUAAUCUCUUCAUUACACUGUCAGAAAAAAAGGUUUAAAAUUGUACCUUUUCUGUCACUGGGGUGGUACCCUCAAAA